AGUAUUCCACAGUGGGGAAGAUUGGUUGAGAGACGUUAAAAAUGAGAGAAAAAAAAAAUGAUAAUUUAUGGGGAGGGUCAGAGAAAGUACCAGCGGGUUUUCCGGUGCAAGGACGAAUAAGCAAAAGCUGGUGAUAUGACACGUGGGGGAGUGGUGUCCGUUGGAUGGUCAAAGCACAGUUGUGGUUCACUCAUCCCGGCCGAGAUUUAUUGAAACUGAAAGAGAACUGUAGAGAAAAUGGUAAGUGAUAGAUUUUCAUGUUCCUCCACGCACACAUGACACACACCACCACCACCACCACCACCCUCUCUUUCUCUCUCUCACACACAUGACAGUACUACCACACUCCCAGUUAGACAGGGCAAGACACCAUGGAAGCAAAGCUAGCUUGAAUUCCUCUUGUGCAGCGUAGGAUACAGCAGUCUAAAGUCUAAACUAGAAAAGCAAAGAGGUAGAGAGAGAGAGAGAUAGUGUGGGAUUGGUGAGACGUAAUUCAUAAAUGAGACUUAUACAGUAGAGUAGAUGGGUGCAGUUACCGUGGCGGCGUAGCAGAAGCUCUAAUUCCGUGCCAUAAUUGCUUCUAAGGGAAUUCAGUUUCACCAACUCCGCAUCCUCUCUUCUUUACUCAUUUGAUAAUUCCUGUGUUUUCUUUAAUUCACGUCUUUUUCUUUUUUUGGUGAGAAACAGUUUCCCCCAAAAGCUGCAAAAACUCAACCAGCCCAGAGAAAGAUCAUAUUUCAGACGCCCCACCACACAACACAUCACACCCACAUACUCAGCGUGAAUAAGACAAAAAAAAAAAAAGAGAGAAAGAAAGCGAUCGGGUAAAAAAUUACUAGUAGUAAGCAGUAAGCAAACCUAGCAGUGUUUUUUGUUUUUUUUUUUUUGUAUGUGCAAGGGUAGCCUUAAUUAACCCAGAAUUCAGAGCUGUAGCCCCGAUCUUGGGUAAAAGAUUUAAAGAUUGGGCGAAGGUUCUGCUAUGGAUAUUGUGUCUGAAUUGGGGAAAAUCGAUUCAGCUUUGGGGUGCAACAAAUGGCCGGGUUCUUCUCUCUAGGUGGAACUAGAAGGGGAGGUCCACAAAACAAGGAAGAGGGAGAGGUGGAAAAAGGAGAUAACAAUAACAACACCAACAACAGCAACAGCGGGAAUAACCUAUUGUUGUUCAGGAACGAGGAGAUCUACAACAAGGGGUUCGAGAUAUGGCCAGAGUCGUAUCAGGCUCAAGCUGCACCCCAAAACCUGAGCAACUACUUUGCGUUUGGAGUGGGUCCUAGUCGCAGGAACUGCUCGAGCGUGAACGAGGAGGAGGUUUCGCUCUGUGUGUCUGAUGAGUCUACGAGAUUUGGAUUAACUGUCAUGAGGUCCGGAGGUGCAGGAAGCAGCGGCAUGAACUGUCAGGACUGUGGUAACCAAGCCAAGAAAGAUUGUACACAUCUCAGAUGCAGAACCUGCUGUAAGACCCGAGGGUUUCAGUGCCAAACCCACGUUAAGAGCACUUGGGUUCCAGCAGCCAAACGCCGCGAACGACAACAACAACUCGCUGCCUUGCACAACCCACAACAAUUUCGUCCACACAAUAUUCCCAAACGAUACCAUACAGACACUCAACUCCUCUCCGCUCCACAACCCAUCGCAGGGUUAGAGCUGGGGCAAUUCCCAUCUGAAGUGAGCACUUCGGCUGUGUUUCGGUGUGUGAGAGUGAGCGCAGUGGACGCUUCGGAUGAACAGUGCGCGUAUCAAACCUCUGUCAACAUCGGAGGGCAUGUUUUCAAGGGAAUUCUCUACGAUCAAGGUCCUGAAAGUUCUUACACCAGUGCAGUUACUGAGGGUUCCUCCGGUGGUGAACCCCGACAUUUUGGUUUAAUAACCGCCGCAGCCGCAGCCACGGCCACAACAGCCGGUGGAAACAACCUGUUUGACCCUUCACUUUACCCCGCUCCGCUGAAUGCUUUCAUGUCUGGUACACAAUUCUUCCAACCCCCAAGGUCCUAAAGACGUCUCUUUCUCUAUCUAUGCGGACAGUAAUUGAAGAAACCGAGUCUUUUUUUCUCUCUUAUUUUUUGUCAUUAAUUGAGUCUGCUUGGAAUUAUUGGUUAUGGUUGCUCCUCGGUACAUCCAUUGAACUUGAUGCAAGCUGAAGUAGCUAGCUAGCUAGAAGGAAAAAGUAGUUAAUAAUUCUUAAAAGAAUGAUUAUGCCAAUGAUUCUAGUGCAUGAAAUUAAAUGGGCCGGGGAUAGUUGUUUUGUGUUAUCCGAAUGUCAAUUCAGAUUUUCAUCGGUAUUUUUGAUUUUAUUGGUAAACUAAACUCAUUGUCACCUUUCAAUUCUAGAGCACAUACAUUUUCAUUUUCAUUUU